CGGGUUAAAUGUUCUUCUUCCGGUCGGUUCAAACGGAGGAAAACAGAAGCUAAACGGCAGAGAAAACCGCCCGGAACCAGCCGCCAGGACACCGAAACGCAGUUUGUUGUGAAGGUUCCGACCCGCUGCGGAGCUGCACGAGGAGCUUUCUGAUUGGUCGAGGUCCAUUCCGUGGUGGUCAGAAGAUGUUGAGGAGAAAGCCGACCCGUUUGGAGCUGAAGAUCGACGACACCGAGGAGUUUGAGAGCGUUAAGAAGGAGCUUGAGGCCAGGAAGCGUCAACGUGAGGAAGCAGAAUCUGGAGGUGGAGCGGGCGGGGCUUCCAUCAUUGGUGGAGACAUCAUUGGGGGCGGAGCCUCCGCCUCCUCCUCCACAGCUGUCUCCAGGGCGGAGCUUAUCAAUGAGCGAAUCGGCUACAAGCCCCACCCCAAACCAGCAACACUGCCAACCUUAUUUGGAAGUUUACAGUUUUAAUGAAUUGUAACUGGUUGUUUACAAACAAAUUAAAUGUUGACAAAAUAAA